AGGAAGGUGAUGCUGCUGCUGAGUGUUAUCAUCAUUUAGCUGUGUACAGCAGCCUCAGACCUCUGCUGCUGCUCCCCUUUUAUUAUCUUCUAAGAUGUCCCCUGGCUUCACCCCAGUGAUCCAGUGCUUUCUCUUUAUGACUGCUGCUGUCACCUGUGCAUCUGGACAUGAAUUUUACUCCCUGGAGAUUGCAUCAGAUGGCCCCAUAACGUCAGGUGCCCAGGCCACUGUGAACGCCACACUACUGAUAACAAACAACAGCAGGACUCUUGUUGCGGACCCGCAACUUUAUAAUUUCCACUGGAUCUACUCCCCAUUGCUGCUCACUCAUUACUCGGAGAAUGAAUCCAGCUCUGCCAUUACAGUGCGGUGCAAGGGCACAGGAUCCUACACUGUGUCAGUCUGGGUGACUGAGAGACACUGCUCUUCCUGUGAGAUGAUCGCUAAAAACACUACAGAACUCCAGGUUACAAAGAAAAUGGUUGGAUUCCUCACAGCAACACAGGCGGAAGUUAGUGGCACGUCCUUCAGAAAUGGCUUUUUCUUGGCCUCUAACAGCAAAGUGAAUUUAUCUUUCCUCAUUCAUGACCCAAGCAACUUCUUUAAAUCUGCUGAGUUCACCUACACAUGGAGCUUUGGUGAUGGAACUGCCGUUGUGUCAUCAGAGCCUUCUGUUUAUCACAACUAUUCUACAGCCGGAAACGUCAAAGCAUCGCUACAGGUUUCUGCUCAUCUCCAUGACUCCAAAUACGAAAGACAUGCCCAGAAAAAAACAGGGCGUUUCACAGCCAUGCUAACAUUACAGGAUGUUAUAAGCAAUAUCACAAUUACUGGCCCUACAGAGACCACCAUCAUGCAGAAUCUCAGUUUGUCUUUGCGUGUCUUUGGCAGCCCCCCUUUCACAGUUUGCUGGCUCAUAAAGUCAGACUGCGCGUCUUUGGAUGGAGAAGAGUGCCGCCCAGUGGUGACAAAUCACACCACCUACAUUAUAAAACACAAAUUCUUAUCUGCAGGACGUUAUUGCUUAAGUACAAAAGCCCAGAAUGAAGUCAGCAAGCUGCUAAACCAUCGCAGCAUUACAGUGGAUUCCGCAGGUGUGCACCCAGUCUGGUUUGUCCUCCCUUGUUUUUCCUUCAUUCUCAUCGCUAUCUGCUUCAUCUUCUUCACCUUAUUCAGAGCUGGCAGUAUUAGCACGCAUCAGAAAUCCUUGGUGGAGGUGGCAGAUUUUGAUUUCUCUCCAGUUACUGAGAAGUACCAGGCACUUCCAGACUACAAGGAACUUCCUGCCGGGAACCUGUGCUGUACUUACUGCAUUACUGACACUAAUCCAGAAGGCGAGCAGCGCACAGAAACGCAGCCUCUUUUACAUACACUGACUACACCAAUUAGAAGUUACAUGCUGUGACACUGGUUUAAUGCUGCUACUGCCUAUUUUAGUGUUGCCUUAAUGAGCUAAAUGAUUGACAUACAGCUCUGUAUUGUACACUCGGAACUUUACAUUGUAAAUUCAUUAAAUAUUCAAUACAGCUAUGAAUGUGAAAACAAGAUGAGAAUAGGUACAUUCAGAGCAUUUCAUGUGCUUCAUUGCAGCUCAGUUUGUAGGAAACCAAUUGCCGCAAAAUGUGAGCUCACAAUUAGGGGUGGAUAUGGGGAAAUGGCAGUAAGGCCACUAGGUUACAGCACAGGUCUGCAGACACUGACUGUAACCUGCAAAAGGUCACUAACUGUGUGACCCUGAGAUGGGUCACAUCAGCUGUAACAGAUGCUGUUGUCUCUUUUCCCAUUGUAUACAACUUAUCACACGCACAGAUACAGUAAGUCAUUUGUACAGCUAAUAAAUAAUAACUGUCUCAGUGUCUACUGCUGGGGUGGCCAAUCAGUCAGAGAAAAAGAGCCAAAAAAUCUUGUUAGGUACGUCAAAGAGCCGACAUCAAGCCAAAGGCCUGUGUGCAAAAAUGGGGUGUGACCUUGUGCCUGCUAGGCCACACCGCUGUUAUAAAAGACAAUGAAAAUGCCAGAUCCACAUAAAAUACAUUGAAAAAGACACUUCCACAUAAAAUAAUGAAAAAAUCCAGAUCCACAUAACAUAUAUUGAUAAAGCCAUAUUCACAUAAUACACUUCAGCUCCUCCGUGUGUCACUCCAGCCAGCUCCCCAUUGUGUCUCUCCUGCCAGGAUUCUCCUUUGUCAGUACAGCCAGCUUCCCAUUGUGUCACUCUUGCCAGCACCCUCCUGUGUCACUCCAAUCAGCUCCCCCAUUAUGUCUCUCCUACCAGGAUCUUUCUGUGUCACUCCUGCCAGCUCCCCCAUUAUGGCCUUCAUUCCGAGUUGAUUGCUCGCUAGGUGCUUUUAGCAGCAGUGCAAACGCUAAGCUGCCGCCCUCUGGGAGUGUAUCUUAGCUUAGCAGAAGUGCGAACGAAAGGUUAGCAGAACAGUGCUGAAAUGUUUUCAAGCAGUUUCAGAGUGGCUGCCGACCUACUCCUUCCUUGCGAUCACUUCAGUCUGUUUAGUUCCUGCUUUGACGUCACAAACACGCCCUGCGUUCGGCCAGCCCCUCCCCAGUUUUCCCAGGCACGCCUGCGUUUUUUAGCACGCUCCAGGAAACCGGUCAGUUACCACCAAGAAACACCCACUUCCUGUCAAUCACUCACCGAUCAACAGAGCGACGGAAAAGAGUUGCUAGACCUUGUGUAAAACUGCAUAGUUUUGUGUGAAAGUACGUGGUGCGUGUGCAUUGCGGCCCGUACGCAUGCGCAGUUUUGCCGUUUUUUUACCUGAUCGCUGCGCUGCGAAAAUCGGCAGUGAGCGAUCAACUCGGAAUGACCCCCUAUGUCUCUCCUACCAGGAUCUUGCUGUGUCACUCCAGCCAGCUCCCCCUUGUGUCACUACAGCCCAGUAACUGGCUCCCUCAGUUUUCAGUCAUCGUAGUGCUGCUGUGUGUCUGGUUGGAGUGCACCAGUUUGCAGCAUCUGUUGUGGUCAGGUGACUGAGUGUCGGGAGCCACAUUUGAAUAAAGAAAGAGCCACAUGUGGCUCAAGAGCCACAGGUUGGCCACGGCUGGUCUACUGUAUGUACUUAGAGGGCAGUUUAUGAACUCUGGUGCCUGAGGUGACCAAACAGUAGUUUUUAAGGGGUCUAUUCAUGAAGCAGUGAAAAGAGUGGAGAAGAAGCUUGUGGAGAAGUAGCCCAUGGCAACCAAUCAGCUGCUCUGUACAGCUGAAUAGUAUGCAAAUUAUAGAUGUUACUUCAAUGCUGAUUGGUUGCCAUGGGCAACUUCCCCACUGGUUCACUUCUCCACACUUUUCACUGCUUCAUAAAUAGACCCAUGAUUUAUUGGUAAGAGAACCUUUUAUGAGCAGAACUUGUGAUUGACACUUAUAUAUUCACUCUACCAUUACGUAAUGGCCUUGGAUUGUGUUUACAGUCAAUGGACAUAAUAUGCACUAACAUAUCUGCCAAAUUUUUUCCACAUAUAUGAUUUCCACCAGUAAGAAAACCAAACAAGAUUUGCACUGUAAGCCAACAUCAUGGGGCAUUUUCAUAGAAUGUGGAACUAGGAUAUAUAAAAUUAUAUAAUGCUGUAUUGAUACAAUGUUACUAACAUUAUUGUACUGUUGUAACCAUUAUUAUUAUUAUUAUGCCUUUGUUGUUAUUAAGGGCAAUUGCCCAUUCACCCGAUAUUGUACAGAAGCUGUAAAUAUGUGAUGACUAAGAUUAUAAACUUUGGAGUAAUGGCUGA